CCGCUGCAUACAGAUGAGUAGGCAGCCAGUCUGAGCUGACCCACAGACUCAUAAAAACCAACGGGGCCUCGGGCACCCUCGCCUGGGACACCCAAUUUCUUGGAUCAAAGGUGCAAGGACCUGCUCGCAUCAAGGAUCCCGCUGCUUUCUUGGGGACCAAGACAUCGAGCUUUUGUCUCAAUAUUCACUCAAGCAGCCCAUGAGAUCAAGGUGUUGACAGAAAGAAUGUUCAAACAUCUUCGGAAAUGGUUUGUCACUCGCUUUUUGGGGCAUCCUCGGCGAAGAACAAGGCUGGUUUCCAAAGAUGGAAGGUGCAACAUAGAGUUUGGCAACGUGGAGGCGCAGACGAGGUUUAUAUUCUUUGUGGACAUUUGGACGACGGUGCUUGACCUCAAAUGGAGGUACAAGAUGACCAUCUUCAUCACAGCCUUCUUGGGGAGCUGGUUCCUCUUUGGCCUCCUGUGGUACGCGGUAGCCUACAUUCACAAAGAUCUCCCCGAGUUCCAUCCACCGGACAACCACACCCCUUGCGUGGACAACAUUAACGGUCUGACCUCAGCUUUUCUGUUUUCUCUGGAAACACAGGUGACUAUUGGCUAUGGAUUCAGGUGUGUGACCGAACAGUGCGGCACCGCCAUCUUCCUGCUCAUCUUCCAGUCUAUCCUUGGCGUCAUCAUCAAUUCCUUCAUGUGCGGCGCCAUCUUAGCCAAGAUCUCCAGGCCCAAAAAGCGGGCGAAGACCAUUACCUUCAGCAAGAAUGCCGUGAUCAGUAAGCGGGGCGGGAAGCUGUGCCUCCUCAUCCGCGUUGCCAACCUCCGGAAGAGCCUCCUCAUUGGCAGUCACAUCUAUGGGAAGCUUCUCAAGACCACAGUGACUCCUGAGGGAGAGACCAUUAUUUUGGAUCAGACCAAUAUCAACUUCAUAGUUGAUGCCGGGAAUGAAAAUUUAUUCUUCAUCUCCCCACUGACCAUUUACCACAUCAUUGAUCACAACAGCCCCUUCUUCGACAUGGCGGCAGAGACGCUUCUCCAGCAGGACUUCGAGUUAGUGGUGUUUUUAGAUGGCACCGUGGAGUCGACCAGCGCGACCUGCCAAGUGCGGACAUCCUAUGUCCCAGAGGAGGUGCUCUGGGGCUACCGUUUUGCUCCCAUCGUGUCCAAGACCAAGGAAGGGAAAUACCGUGUGGAUUUCCACAACUUUAGCAAGACGGUGGAAGUGGAUACCCCUCACUGUGCCAUGUGCCUUUAUAAUGAGAGAGAUGCGAGAGCCAAGAUGAAGAGAGGCUAUGACAACCCCAACUUCACUUUGUCAGAAGUCAACGAGACAGAUGACACUAAAAUGUAGCAGUGGCUUUUCAACACAAGUAAAGCCAAGUUUCGAACACUCAUAGUGACUAGCGGCAUGAUGAAGCAAUCAACCAUUUGGGAGUGUGAAACAGACAAAAGCCUUCCAAGUCCACCAGCACAAUGCCCCUGAACUCUAUAACCGUGAUUCUACAAGACUCUACAAGGCGAGUGCAGUAGAACAUGCAUUGUAUUUGUAGGAAGCUGGAAUAUAGAAGUCAUGGGAGCUCACUUGAAUAUGAUUAUUUAAAAUCAUGCAAUGUUAAUAGAAACACAAAAAUUAUCAAAAGUCUCAUGAGAUCAAAUGUGGUCUUUUUUAAAGUUUCCUUGAAGAAGUUAUAAGCUUUAUAUAGGAUCAGGGGAAAAACAUAUUCUUGUCUUCAUUCUACUGAUAAGCAAUAAGUCACUUUAUUUUUUAAAAAAAUUUGUUGAAUUUUGGGGGUAACAUUAGUUCAUAAAAUUAUAUAGGUUUCAGGUGUACAAUUCUAUAAUAAAUCACCUGUAUAUUGUAUUGUGUGUUCACCACCCCCAAGUCAGGUCUCCUUCCAUCACCAUUUUUCUCCCCUUUACCCUCCUCUACCUCCCUCUAUACCCAUUUCCCUCUGGUAAUCAUCAUACUGUUGUUAUCUGUGUCUAUGAGUUUUUUGUGUUUUUGUUUUUGUGUGUGUGUGUGCUUAAUUCCUUCAUUUUUUCACCCCAACGCCCCUCCUCUCUGAUAGCUGUCAGUUUGUUCUCUGUAUCUGAGUCUAUUUCUAUUUUGUUUGUUAGUUUAUUUUUUCCAUUAAAUUCCACAUAUAAGUGAAAUCCUAUGGCACUUGCCUUUCUCUGACUGGCUAGUUUCUUGGUGGACUCUUUAGGGUUCUCUCUCUACACUAUAAUGUCAUCUGCAAGUCACUUUUAUUUUAACAUUGACUUUCAUCAAAGAAAAGAUUGCCUCCUGAGUUGGGGGAACUGAACCAACCAAAGACAAUAAGAAAAGACUGUUCCACAAAGAACAGCUGUGGGGCUCUGACCCUCUUGAGCCCUGAUCGUUGGAGUUCCCAUCUCAGCCUGGGCCACACUGUGUCUGGAGGAACGAGGGACGGCUCAGUCCAUGGACUCUGUGUCUCUCCGUCCCCAACGUGGAGAGGAGCACCGAGCCAUACCUGCUUUACGGUGGAUCCACAUGCUGCUGCCCAAGCUGGGUUUUGGCCCAAACGACCUCAUGUGGUAUAUUUAGACAGAAGCUAGAUUGUCGCUCCAGAAUCUCCAUGAACACUUUGCUGCAAGAAAGAAUGCUUGGUGAUAUUUCUUUCCAUUUGUAUUCGUGGGAUAAAGGGCUAUGAAUGUGUUAAAAGAGUAUCUCCUGACUUCCCAAGAAGGCAAUGAGGAGUUUAAAGGGGAAAAGUCAGUUUAGAAGGGAAGGUACUGCUAAUACUUCUGAGAAAAACUGUAUGUGUGGUUUUCUGCCUGGGGCUGGUAUUGACAUGCUGCUUCUAAAGGAGAAAAAGUGUGAAAGGGAAUGAGGUGUGGCCCCUCAGUGAGGACAGAGCCAGGACUUCCUUUCUCUAAGGGCCAAUAGCACAUCUUCCUGAAAGGGACCAACUUAAUGUAAGGGUUAAUCUUUAAAAUUUUUUAAAGUAUAUUUUUAUUGAUUUCAGAGAGGAAAAGAGAGAGCGAUAGAUAGAUAGAAGCAUCAAUGAUGAGAAUCAUUGAUCGUCUGCCUCCUGCACGCCCCCUACUGGGGUCAAGCCGACAAGCCAGGCAUAUGCUCUGACCAGGAAUUGAACCAUGACCUUCUGGUUCAUAGGUCAACGCUCAACCACUGUGCCACACCAGCCGGGCAGGAUUGAUCGUUAGGGGAAGGUUUUACUGUGAAUGUCUUAGUUCCCACCUAUGUGAUGUUGAAUGUAUUCUCAAAAGGAUGGUACUCAAAGUUGCUUAGGAAUCAACUGUUUUGAGUGUGAUGAUUAAUAUAUUAAAUCUCUGGUACUGCA